GCUCUACCUUCGUUGAACCAAUCAAGUGCAUCAUUGCAUUUUUCUCGGUACUAUGCAAAUUUCGAAUGCAUCAGAAAAUCCCGCGCGAUCGAUAACUGGGUGGAAAACUUGAUUGAUCGCCUUCAGCUGGACCAUUUGAGGAUCACAUGCGGUCAACGAAGAUAUUUGCAUGAAAUUGGGUUUCUUGCUGUAGGCUGUACCGAUCAGGAUGUCGGAAGAGGAGAGAGAGAUCCCAGCACUUGGUAACGACCGAGACACGAAAGCUCAACAAAAUGAUAAUUCAGAGACUACAAAUGGCGAUCAACCGUCAACAAGGGAGGCCAAAAAAUUCUCUGUCAACCAAGUAAAAUUUGAUGAGACAUUAACUGAUCCUUUGGAUAAGGAAAAUGACACCGAACCAAGGAAAGCACCAGAUGCAAAUGCGCCAAAAAGCCCAACGACUCCUGAACAGUUCACGUACGGGUACCGAACCAAUGAGGCCAUUCCUAUGACCAUUUUCUAUCGAAGUCAGCACUCGCAAGGCCAUGCCGGAAAGCAACGACCCACUCUCCAAGAGCUUCGUAAAGGGUUAGAGAAUGACAAGGUAGGUAAGACAUGCAUGUUCAGCUUCUAAUGUUUGCAGUGUAUGAACCUGUUAUGUUAGUACUUAAUGUGCGAAUAGGGACAUUUAAUUGUACUAUUACCUUUGGUUUCAUUUUUAACUCGGAAAACAACCGGCGAAGCCGGUUUUGCCGAGUUAUCGUUAUGUAUAUGGCAAGAAAAUUCUCCGGAGCGGGCGGCGGGGGGGCGGAGAUUUGAAGGAAGAUUGAUUGGGGCUGUGCUGUUGAAACCCUGUUCGAGACACUACAUAGUGAAAUGGAAUACGUUUUUAAGAGUGAAGACUGAGGAUCCUAUAAACCUACACCAUGCAGAGCGGUUCAUACCCAGUGGAAGUUUCCCUUCCUGAGCAUGUUGUCCAUCUGUUAACUCCCAAGGGAACCAUUUUCCAUAUACAUACAUACAUACAUACAUACAUACUUUAUUUGUCAUGUAGGUCAGUGAAAAAAGAGGCAGCUAAAGAGCUGAUGUGGACCUACAAACUAAAAAGUAUCUACAAAAAAAGUAACUAAUAAUAUUAACAAACCAAUGAAUUAUUUACAAUGAGUAAGAAAAAAUAAAAACAAUACCUAGCAAGAUAAACAACAGUUGACUGUUGCCUUAAUAUAUAUAAUUUACAAUAUCUUUAUUUAUUCCCUGUAACCCAUUAAAUGUUAUUUUAUCUAAAAUGUCAGAUUUUUCUUUAAGAGCAGAUUUAAAAGAACCAAUAUUGGGUUUGCUCUUUAAGUACAUGGGUAAGUUAUUCCAUAGAAUAGACGCACGAUGAGAGAAGGAAGAUCGAAGGAAGUCACUUUUAGGGCAACGCACGUAUAGUUUCAGACUGUCCCUGAGAUUUCUUAAUGGAGAAUGUUUAAUAAAUAAAGAAUUUAUACCAGCCGGAGCCCUGUUAUAAAAUGCUUGAUAAGAUAUGGUUGCAAUCCUCUUUUUGUACAUGUAUGAUAAAGACUUCCAUUUUGUCGCUGCCAGGACCUCAGUGCUAAGAGUAGAAUUCUUUAUGUUAAAAAUAAAUCUCGCUGCUCCGAUGUGAAUGUCCUCCAGGGUCUGAAGAGAUUUUGAAGAUCCCCAUAAUGCAAUUGAAUACGUAAUACUUGGAAUGAUACCUUUGAAAUAAAUUGACUCUAAGAUGCGACUGUCGAGACCUUUUAAGUGUUUCAGUUUCUUCACUCUUGCUGAAAAACGUUUGCUCAAGGAUUUGAUAUGUGGCGACCAGGAGAGUUUAUUAUCGAUUUGAAUCCCUAAACAUUUAGAUUUAGAAACAAAGGACAACUCCUUUUGCCCUAAACAUAUUUUCUGUAAGGGCCCGAUGAAUAAUGUGAUUUAGAUAACAACAUCAAUUCGGUUUUUGCAGGAUGAAUAGUCAUGAAGUUAACCAUAGCCCAUUUGUUUAAGUCGGCGAUCGCCUCCUGAAUUUUAGAUAAGACUUCAUCAACAGUAUUUCCAAUACAAAAAACUGUGGUAUCAUCCGCAAACAUUUCAACAGAAGCUUUUGUUGUGGCUUCAGGUAAAUCAUUUGAGUAAAUGCUGUAAAAUCUGGGACCGAGUAAAGACCCCUGAGGCACACCAGUAUCUAUUUCCAAAAAUUCUGAGUUAGAACCAUUUACAGUUACAAAUUGUUUACGAUUUUCGAGGUAAUUUAGGAGCCAAUCGUAAAAGGAGCCACUAAUGCCUAUAGAGUGUAAUUUAUCGAUGAGAACUGUAUGGUUGAUGCAGUCAAACGCUUUCUGAAAGUCAAUGAAGACUACGGCAAUAACCUUGCUUUCAUCCAGGGCCAAACGCCAUCGUUCUGUUAGUGAGAGUAAAAGAAGUUCAGGUGAGCCUCCUUUUCUGAAGCCCCAUUGAUUUAAAGAGAUUUGAUUGUUGCCAUAUAAGAAGUUGUCAAGUUGUUGGCUUACAACAUUCUCUAAUAGCUUGCCCGGAAUGCUGAGAAGGGAGAUCGGCCUGUAAUUUCCGCAGUCGAGAGUGCUCCCUUUCUUGUGAAGACAUUUCACCUGUGCCUGCUUCCACUGGCUUGGGAAUUUGCAUUCCAAAAUACUUCUUUGAGCCAGUGGCAUAAAGCAGUCCAAAAAUACAUCUCCAAUAAGGCGCAGUCCCCUGCUUGAAAUAUCAUCAGGACCACUUGCCUUGCCAGGUUUCAAACACUUCAGAGAAGAUUUCAGAAGAUCCUUGUUAAGGGCUAUGUUAGAGAGAGAAAGAACAGGGAUUUCACUGUUAUUUCUUGCAGACUGACAAGGAGAGUUUAUUAAAGAGUCUUGUAUUGAUUUCGAAAGAAAUUUUCCAACAUUGACAAAAAAGAAAUUUAAAGCAUUGGCCUUUGAUGUGUCGUCUGAGUGAAUAACUCCAGAAUUAUCUUUAAUUGGACCGAUGUGAAGGCAAAGAAAAAAUGUAUUUAAUAAUGACGACAUAUCGUCAAGACCACAGGUAACCCAGGCUCUGUGAUAGUACCACAGUACGGUUCCAGUAAAAUUACAGUGUUUGUAUGGGGUAAAAAUAUCAUCCUAAAAUUUCUAGGAAAUACUAAAUAAAGAUCCAUGAAACUUACUCUGCAGUUAAUAUAAUUGUUGUUGUCCUUAUUGCUCCAACGAAGUUUCGUGAUAAUUUGCAGUAAUUUGUUCAAAUUCACUCUAUCUACAAUAAUAAUAUACCUUGUAUAUUAUUAUUGUAGAUAGAGUGAAUUUGAACAAAUUACUGCAAAUUAUCACGAAACUUCGUUGGAGCAAUAAGGACAACAACAAUUAACUGCAGAGUAAGUUUCAUGGAUCUUUAUUUAGUAUUUCCUAGAAAUUUUAGGAUGGUAUUUUUACCCCAUACAAACACUGUAAUUUUACUGGAACCGUACUGUGGUACUAUCACAGAGCCUGGGUUACCUGUGGUCAAGACAUCAUGACUACUUUCAGUUGGGUGCAUGAUAGAUCUACUAUAUUUACCUAUUUUUCAGAGCAUUUUUCCAAAAUAUACACAAGCUUACAUGUCCUUGUCAACCGAAGUUUUCAUGCUAAAGAACAAUAAUAUUUCAUUACAGUAUUGUUUUAAGAAAUGCUUAAUUUUCAGUGAUUCUGAUAUAAAUCACAUCAAGGUUGAAAAUAAAAUCACAGCUUUUAGCCUGAAUCUGAAGGCUUUUCUUGUCGAGGCUUAUUUUUUCCCGCCUGUCAAAUAAUGAAUGAGUACAUCCUGUCAAUAGUCAAGAACGUGAUACACAGCUCAGGAAACAAUAUCAACACAAUUGAUGACAACAUUUUCAUAGAACUGAUAUUUGGGAAGUCAAUAUUAUUGGUAUCAUGAAUCUUCAUUUUGAUUAAUGUGUUUCAUUGCAACAAUUCUCUUUCAAACAAAGCAUUGUGAACGGCUCUCUUUUUAGGUGUUUGCUCAAGCAUAAAAUAUGGACUUUAAUUUUUCUGGACAAACCAUCGCACUUCUUCACUCAUAGACAAACUGUCGCACUUUGUCACUCACAAACCAAGGCAGAGCACAAACAUUGGAAAUCCAUUCUGUCAAUCAAUCUGAUUACAAAACCUACUUUAAUUUGAAUGAGUGAAAAGGCUUCACAAACUGCACCAGGGCUGUCAUUAAGUUUUGAAGCAGGCACAGCAUGAAAGAUUUCAGCCAGAGCAUCUUAAAAAUGUGGCCAACAGCCAUGUAACGAAAGGCCCAAAGAGCCUGAGUGUCUAGGGGCAUGCCCCCCAGAAAAUUUUUAACAUUAGGCUCUCGGAAAUGCAUUUUCCUUCACUCUGGGGCAGGCUGCUCUAUCAGCUCCUCCAUUUCGUUCUGUCCACUGAGACUUGGAAAAAAAAGCUGUUGAUUCCAGGUUGACUUGGUGCAGGAUCCUUUCUUUUAUUCAUGGCGAAACCAUGAAUAAAGAUUAACUAUCCACAUGAAAUUGGUCAUGCAACAAGCACGCAACACUGUACUGCAAAAGUUGGUCAGCAGAAUCUAAUUUAAAGCAAGCCUGUUUUCCUCCAUGGUGACACCAUCAAUGUUCUGGAGGUGGGUGCGGUUAUAAAUGUGUACCAUGCAUGUUCCUACUGAAUUCAGGCAAGAAGUGGCUGUGAGCCACAGUAGAAAUAAUGGCGGAGGAAAGUGUUAUUAAAAUAAAUGCCUAUUAAAAAUGAACAAUUCAAACAUUUCAAAAGAAAAAAGAAAUCGGUUUUUGUUCAAGUUUCUUUUUUCAUCUCAAUUUUCUCUCCACAGCCCCAGACUAACCUUUAAGCUGCUUACAUCGUUCUCCCCACCCCAGUCAUUUAUCAUGUUGUUUUGCAAGUGCAAAAGGAGCGUAUAAGUUGCUUACCUGUCAAAAUUUGUGUCUUAUUACACUGUACUUGUUGUGGUUGGAUACUGGGCCCCUUGGCUGGAUACAAAAAUAUUAAUUUUAUGAUGGAUACGGAUUGCUUCGAGUUGUUUUCUCGUCUCAACAACGUCUGAAUCGACCGGUCGUUAAUGCCGUCCAGUGACGUCACUCACUACGUGAAAACCGGGUAGUGAUUUUGAUUAGUUGAUUGUCUAAACAUUCGCAUAAUUAUGUAUAAUUAUGGAAAAUUUUAGCGGGAUUGUCGCUUGAUAUUCAGCGGAUCGCAUCCCUCCCAUUCUUUCGUUGAGUUCAAACAUUUCGAUAACCGUAAUCUUUAUCUUAAACAGCAAAAUUGCCCUUGUCUUCGAAACUGAAAUGCUAAAUUGAAUUGUGAAUGAAGAAUCAUUGCAGAAAGUCGGUAGGUUUUUCAUUUAGAGCCACUUUGUGGUUUUGGCGGCCGGUGAUUUAAUUGUUUACGCGAAGUUUUCUGAGAACAAUGUUAUAAUUCGACCUUCUCGCUAUUUUUACCGUGAAGGGUAAUGAUUCUGUUAACUUUUCUUUCUUGUCUCCUUGUUUUUUUUCUUCGUUAAGGACCAAAUAGCUUCUUUUCAAUUAAAGCAAAUCAUUGUGUUUUUGAACUAAGUGUUCCAUGUGUGUGUUUAUUUCAUUGCGUGAUUGUGAGCCGACCUUAGCUAGUUUGAUUAUAGAAUUUAGUACAACCGGUUCAGAGUUGUACUGGAUGCAGUUGAUAGUUUGAACGUUAAACAUGAAUUACGAUCGAAAUAAUAUUAAGCAGUUCUGUAUCAUUGCAGACAUUUCCAAACGAUAUUUCUUGGUUUGCCACUUGAAAUUUUUGUUUUACUUUUUGCAUGAAUUAAAGCAAAUGUCAAGGAGUAGUGACGUCACUGGACGGCAUUAACGGCCGGUCGAUUCAGAUGUUACUGAGGGAGUAAUAACGACUCAAAGUAAUCGGAUGAAAUUCAGGCUAGAUUGUAACAGUUUUAAACUGAAUUGGCCUGAUACUGUGCAACCUGCUGUAUAGAAGAGUUUUAGUGGCAUUAAGAUGGUCUUUUUAUUAAACAGGUCUCAAUUCUUAGUGAAUUCUCCGUUGUUGUGAUAGUUAAGAUUAUAUUUUCACAUCUUCUAAUAGGCCUACACAUUAAUUUUUACAAACAAGCUCACUUUUGAGUGAAACUUAAAUUUAAAGCUUAUCCCCUGAGUGGACUCCACCAUGGGUCAACUGAAAUAUGAGACAGUGCCAAGAGAGUCACUAGAUUGAAUUUUAUGUUAUGUUUCCCUUAGAGUCUAGGAAAUUUCCUGUUUCACUCCCUGUCUUCGUUCUGCACGAAGAAGAGCUGUUUCACGUAUUUUGAGUGGAUGCUAUUUUGGAAUGAAGCAAUGCUGAAAUUGACUUGGGCAGGGUAUGGGAAAAAUAAUAUUGUGAUCUGGUGCUUAGCCUAAAAAUUUAUAUUCUAUUUUGUUUAGGCAGUAAAGUAGCCUGAAUUUCAGCCAUCUCCUUGAGUCAAACACUGCCAAGGAAGGCAUCUGGCAUUUCCACAAUGUGAAAAAAAAUCCUGCAUAAAAUUUACGUUUACGUUGCCAUGUCAAAUGGGGCACAAAAAAUAGACCAAAGGAUAAGUACUAUUUUUUUGAAAUAAAAGUAUUGAAAAACAUCACUGAUGUAACAACACUGAUUUGACGGCCACUCCAUAAACUUACUUUGAACUUUUAUAGCCUCUUACUGCCUCAAUUGCCUUUCUCUUCUUCAUUUGAGCAUUAUUUCACCAGAAAAACAUCCGGUGUUCUGCAGUAAUUUCAGCUAAGGCUUUUUCCUUUGCCUAGAAUGUUCCAAAAUGGCAGCAAAGUGUCAAUAAACGUUCAUUUUCUCAUGGAACAUUCUGUACCAAUAAGGAAGUUCAAAUACCUUUUGAGGGAACCCCUUUCUUAAUCCCCCUUUCUUGAAGAAGGGCCCCCUAGAAUUACAUUUGACCCUCAUUGGCAAAUUUCUAGAAUAGACCCUGAUUAUGUAUAAUUAUGAGAAAUUUUUGAGGGUCUGUGUUGAUAUUCAGCAGAUUGCAAGCUUGCAUUGAGUCCAAAAUUGCAACUAUCUUUGUCCUGAACAGCAAAAGAGCCCUUGUCUUAAUAAACUGAAACUUUGACUUGUUAAAUUGAACUACAAAUAAAGAAUUAAUGUGGAAAGUCAGUAUAGGUUUUCAUUUAGAGCCGCUUUGUGGUUUUGGCAGUGAUUUUGCUUAAAGCGAAGCACUGAUCAGCAACUGAUUUUUGUGAGAACUUCUUGUCAUUUCCACUGACAGUCAAGUGUAAUGAUUAGUUUCUCUUUCUUUGCUUGCUUGCUUUGUUCUUUGUUAAGGACCAAAUAGCUUCUUUUAAAUUAAAGGAAAUUGAAGGAAGUGUCCCAUGUGUAUGCCAUUCUUGUGAGGUCAUGAUCGAGCUUGAUUAAUAUUAUUGAAUUAUGGUGCUAUACGUCAAGCAAAAGAUCUGUUCAGAAUAAUGCAUGCAGUUGAUAAUUUUAGUUUUUGACAUGAAUUGUGACUUGAGAGUAAAACACUUCAUCUGUACCCUGUAGACCUUUCCAGAUGACACUUCUUUGUUUGCCAGUUAGAAAUAAACAUUGAUUAAAGCAAAGGCGUUUGUGGCUCUGUGAUUCAAGUGUCAUUUGUGGAGUGUGUGACCCAAGGGGAUGACUAAAUUCAGGCUAGUAGUAAAGCCUAAUGGGACAUUUUUGUCAUUAUUGAAGAAUGCCUUUGUUGAGAAUAUCAGAGUGAAUUUUUCUCUUUCAUGUGCUUGUAGGGUGAUCUUUCCAAGGAACCCAUACUGGACGAAAGCAAGCUAGAAGAAGGUGACCAAUUGGAAAUUAGGUCAAGGGGUGCAUCAAAUGCUGUACCAAAGUUUGGUUGGAUCAAAGGUGUGCUAUUUGGCUGCCUCCUAAACAUAUGGGGUGUUAUGCUGUACUUGAGGCUGUCCUGGAUGGUUGGUCAUGCUGGAAUGGGCUUAGCUACAGUCAUCAUUCUUUUAUCUGCUGUGGUGACUACUUUGACAACAUUAUCUAUGUCUGCAGUUUGUACCAAUGGGGAAGUGAAAGGAGGUAAAAAAUUAUUUGAUUUUACCUGAAGUUGAUGUAAUAAAAGUCUUGGAAAGUUGUACAGUAGCACAAAAUAAUGUAUAUAGCAUGAGAAUGGUGAAGUCAUCAUAAGAUUUUGGCAAACUGAUACCAUAAAUCCUCUAUUAAGCCUGCAGGGGACUUACUUUUUUCAAGCCCAUUUGAGGGGGUGCUUAAUAGAGAUGGGGGGCUUAUUUGAGAGGGGGGUGGGUUAUUUAAUAUUAUUUAGAAAUGACGAUGGUAUCAGUUUUCCAAAAAGAACAAGAAUACAAAGUGGAUAAGCUUAAGAACAAGAAGUUUUAGGUCAUGCAGCCGAGGAUGAGAAUCGAAUCCAAACUUCUAGUUGGUAAAUAAACCAUUCCACAUCAGUCGACACGAAGUUUUACAGUCGUAAUAUUGAUUUAUACAGUCUAUAUUUUAUUAGUGAAGAAUAAUUAGGGAAGGGGAAGGGGGGCUUAUUAACUUUCUUCCCCUGAAGGGUGGGGGGGGCUUAAUAGAGGAUUUACAGUAUUUCUUUUUAAUUCUUGGUAUCUUUAGGUGGUGCAUACUAUCUAAUAUCCCGCAGUCUUGGUCCAGAGUUUGGUGGCUCCAUUGGUGUCAUUUUUUCAAUUGCUAGUGCUGUGGCAACAGCGAUGUAUGUAGUUGGUUUUGCAGAAACAGUACGGGAUAUCCUCCGCGAUAGCGAUGCUCUUAUGGUGGAUGAGUCUAAUGACAUUCGAAUUGUUGGUCUCAUUACCAUUGUUAUUCUCCUUGGGGUUACCAUGGUAGGCCUUCAGUGGGUGGUGCGAACACAGAUAUUCCUCUUGAUUGUUUUAGUUAUUUCAAUUCUCAAUGUCAUGAUCGGAACUUUCAUUGGACCACAGUCAGAGGAAAGCAGGGCAAAAGGCUUUGUUGGCUACAAAAAGGAUCUCUUUGAUACCAACUUUAGUCCUGGUUUUAAAGGUGAAAGCUUUUUUUCUGUGUUUUCAGUUUUCUUUCCUGCUGCAACAGGGAUUUUAGCUGGGGUUAACAUCUCUGGUGAUCUAAAAAAUGUACACAAAGCUGUUCCAAAAGGAACACUGCUGGCAAUCCUGAUAAGCACAGUGGUUUACAUAAUGCUUGGCUGGUUGGUGGGUUCGUGUGUUGAAAGAGAGGCACUUGGUGUAGUAAUCUCAAAUCAGAGUGCAAACCAAACCAUGGCAGCCUCCUGCCUAGUGCAGGAAUGUAGAUAUGGCCUCCUGAAUGAUUUCCAGGUAUGUUGCUCUCCAGUGGAAUGCAUACAUUUUAAACAUUUUGCCAACAGCUAGUUAUGGAAAUAAAUCACAACUUUUCAGUCAAUGAUAAAAUUCUGACAAGUGUGUUACCUUAGCCUGUGUUUGAUAUUGAUCAAGAGAUUAAAUAGCUUUCAAUGUGUAACAAGUUGCAAACAUGGAGCAUUCUGAAUUUUAAAGUUAUCAGACAAGUGUUUGGGAUCUGAUUCCUAAAGCACAACCUGGAGUUCUAAUGUUCUGUUAAUUUUUACUUAUCUUUUAGGUAAUGGAGGCAGUGUCUGGAUGGGGUCCCAUUGUGACAGCAGGCAUUUUUGCAUCCACCUUAUCAUCAGCACUUGCAAGUCUUGUAGGUGCACCCAAAGCAUUUCAAGCUGUGUGUAAGGACCACCUCUUUCCUUACAUUUCUUUCUUUGGUGUUGGCUAUGGUCCAGGUAAUGAGCCACGUCGUGGCUACAUUCUGGCUUUUGUCAUAGCUGCAGCCUUCAUCGCAAUUGGUGACCUUGAUGUUAUAGCACCAAUCAUCUCCAAUUUCUUCCUUAUUGUAUAUGCCCUCAUCAAUUAUGCAGUGUUUGCAGCUUCUCUGGGUCAUUCCCCAGGGUGGCGUCCAGCCUUCAAAUACUAUAACAUGUGGUUGUCCUUAUUGGGUGCCCUGUUGUGCAUAGCCAUGAUGUUUCUGAUCAACCGGUGGGCUGCCUUGGUGACAAUUUUUAUUGUCAUGAUUUUGUACAAGUAUGUUGACAUCACUAAGCCAAAGGUAAGUAUCAAAUGCAGCUAAAUACUUUAAAAAACCAGGGUUGUCUCAUUAAUGUAUACUUGGAUAUUUGACUCUUUUAACCCUCUAGUAGUAUGGGAAUCAAAAAACACUUAUCCACACAUAGAGGUGUUUACUGACUAUAACCACGCCUAUUUUCAUGAAGCCUUUGGGAAAACAGUGGCCUUUUUUAAUUGGUUUUUCCUGGUAAGGGUCAUCUCAACCUGUCAAUAGACCUUUUUCCAUUUCCAUUUCAGACCAUGUGAUAGUAACCCAGAGAACUGUCAUCCAAUUCUCAUGCAUCCACAUGCACAUGUCUGCGUAGUUUAUAAAAAGGCACAUUUCCUGGAGAACAUCAGGUGGUCUGAAUUGGGGAAACAAAACAUACAGGCUGAAGAGGUCUGUUGGUUUUGAUCUGGCUUAGUAAAGUGACCAAAGAUUUUUAAGGUUGUUAGCUCUAUUUUAUUUUCUGUUUGGGUAACUUAAUACAAUGUGGUAAUAUUAGCAUGCUGCAUGUUCUGUUUUGGUUAAUCGUCUGGCCUCCUUUGAAUAAUCACCUCCUCCAUUGGUGGACCACGAUAUAUGUCUUCCACAGGCAUUUUCAAAGCUGCUCACGCUGACCCAUUGGCAGGAACCUGGUAUAGGAUGCUGAGGUGGACAUCAGUCGAGACUGACUCACUGCUUGAAAUACUUUGAAAUUUUAUCAAAGAAAGCAAAUUGAUAUUAUUUUGAAAAGCCUGUUUUUCUUUGGUAAAAGUCCCUAGGUUUAUCACCAUCGGUCCCUGGAGUUAUCUCCCCCUUUUGGUGUGUAAAUAGAAGUCACCAACCCUGGCUAUUGUGUAGGAAAAUACGAUAGAUAAUAAAGGAACCUAGAAAUACAGUACCUAGAAAUUAUUAAGAUGGAUAAUAAUUUGAACAUGAUAUAUUGUGUCACUGAGUUGAGUUGAAGGUACAUUCCUUCACUUACGCUAUCUUCCUUUUACUUCAAGAAUGAAGGCUUUGAAAGGUGGAGUCUAGUAAGGGUUUCCAUAGAAAUGUCCACUUCUGAAUGUGCUGGCAGUGGCUCUGUUCUUACGGAAACUACCAAUUCAAGGAUAACAGAGUGCCCACCGGCCCAGCACCAAUGUACAAAAUGUAGGAUACAGUCAUAACACUGCUCAUCCCAUCGUACUUGGUGUUUUCUCUAAUUAUUAACUUUUUUGCUCCAUUUACUUCAGGUAAACUGGGGUUCCUCAUCUCAAGCUUUCACCUUCAUCCAAGCACUCCGCUACACCCGUCGCCUUGACGGGAUAGACGAUCACGUGAAGAAUUUCCGCCCACACUGCCUGGUUUUAACAGGUCCUCCACAGGAUAGACCAAAUCUGACUCACCUUGCGUCGCAAAUUACCAAAAAUGUCAGUCUCAUGGUCUAUGGAAAUGUGAUAAUUCAAAAAGAGUUUGGAUCUCUACCUUCAAACACUGCUGAUACCCUCUGGAUCAGGGAAAACAAGAUAAAAGCUUUCCAAGCUGUGACAACAGGUAUGAAUGUUUAUAUCCUCUUUCCCCUUAUAAGAUGGUACAAAAUGUAUAAACAUUUUGCAUAAACUGGUCUUAUUGCGCUUUCACCAUUCUCCAGGAAGCAAGCUGUGAACAAAUCACUUAAAGUCGUACUUUAAGAUACCUGCCGACAUACCUGCCUGUUAAUUGGCCUUUUCUAAGUUCGACCAACGUAAAGUUGUUAUCACUAACUGUCUUUGGAUUGGCACUUUUAUUGCGCCGGCAGGGAUUUCGCCCAGAAGGCGAAAUCAGUAGUAUAGGAGGGAUGUUUUAGGCCUCUUUUUUGAGCAGGAAUCUCAUUAGCGUGAGCAUUAACGCCGAUGACGUCAUAGGCUAUUGUCCUCAUCUCAUGAAUAAAAUGCGGUGGAUUUAAUUAAGUAUACUGGUGACUUAAAAUCACUGAGACGUAACGUAAUUAUGCACUUCCUAUUUCCUACUGCUGUGAUUGUCCUUGUUCCGGUUCACUGAUUUUUGGCGGGCAAAUCGUGUAUAUUAAAGAGGGUAAAGGCAAACUAGCUCUUUUUUACACUGCAAGCAAUGUUUUACUUACCCCUCUCCUUUUCAUUUUUUGUUUUCCUCCACCUCCUCAUUUUGUUUUUCCUUUUCCUCCUCAUUUUUGUUUUCCCUCCUCCUCCUCAUUUUUAUUGUUUUCCCUCCUCCUCCUCCUCAUUUUUAUUGUUUUUCCUUCUCCUCCUCCUCCUCCUCCUCCUCCUCCUCAUUUUUGUUUUCCCUGCUCCUCCUCCUCCUCCUCCUCAUUUUUAUUGUUUUCCCUCCUCCUCCUCCUCCUCCACCUCCUCAUUUCUAUUGUUUUCCCUCGAAAAUGCCAAAAGGCUAGUAGGGGCACAGGAAGGGUACAGUGGGGGUACAGGAGAUUCCUGCUCAAAAAAGAGGCCUAAAACAUCCCUCCUAUAGUCAACCAAUCAAAACAACUAUGACAUCAUAGUACCCCGGAAUACAUAUGACAUCAUCUUCCGAAAAUAACUAAAACCUGACAAACCGGUUAUACCAACAGUGACCGCCACAAGAUAAAAAUAGAACAUGACAUCAUUGAUAAACCCGUCAAACUGGACAUACUUAAUGAGAUUCCACCGCAAGUUAAUGAGAUUCCUGCGCAUUUUAUUCAUGAGUUCAAGACAAUAGGUUAUGACGUCAUUGGCGUUAAUGUAUUCCUCCGCACUCUAAUGAGAAUCCUCCGCAAAAAAGAGGUUAAUUCGGUCCCUCCUAUACUACUGAAAUCGGCCGAGGAGGCACUCUAGUAACUCGCGAGUUUAUUAAGGAAAGUACUUACAGUUGAAAUAUACAGUCAUACAGGCAAUAUAGAAAAAAUCUCGAUCUGCUUGAACGGGGGCCGCGAGGAAUCGGUAGGUAAUGAUGACGUUUCUAUUGUUUGCGCCCGCAAGUACGAAAUGGUUAGGAUCACGUAAAACACAAAAAAUUCCGAAACAACAGCUUACAAUAGUUAGAUUUUGUGACGUUAAUUGUGCAGUCACACUUCGAUACUCUUUUGUUAUCAGUGACAUUCUGCGGAGCAGUUGUUAUGAAAGGUAUGGACUAAAAGACACUCGUUAAGCGCAGAUGAAGUUAUAAUUUGAGUAGAACAGUGUAUGUUUUAACUCUAAGCGAGUUUGCGAGACACGGGUUCACAAAUCUUUGAUUGGAAACCUUGCCAGACACUCUUUCUCUUUCUUUGACCGGAAUAAGACUUGGCCCAAAACAAGCAAGAUGAGUGAAUGAUUCAACGGCUAGAUUAUCACUAGCAGAACGAUGGACGAUUACAGAAAUUCGCCGACGGUCAAAUUCUGUGCUGACUUAUUCCCUGCUCACAGAUGUCCUUCCGCUAUAAAGUUUAAAAUAAGACUAGAAUGCGCGAGCGUAAAGUGAUCAAACCUCGGGUCUUUCUGCAGGUACCGGAAAGCUUUGUAUUUUUGGUCACUUGGGAUUAGUCUUUAUUUGGAGUUGUUUUGUUUCCUGUCUUUUAUUACUAUUGUAUUACGUAAUCUGUGCUCCGGUACUCACAGAAGGAACCCAAACCUCCUUUUAAUUUCUAAGGCUUACUUUCCGGCAAAUAAAAUGAACUAAAUGUAAAAAGUGAAAUAGAAAUAGCGAAAAAUUAAACUUCUAAUUAAAUCUUUUCUUGUGGUUUAGAAUAAACUAUUCUCGAAACUGAGAAUGUUUUGAUCAAAGCUGUGUAAAUCGAACCGAAACUGUGCAUGGAACCUUGCGUUUAUUUCCUGUGUUUAUCUCACCUAUUGUAUGGAAUAUUUGUGAACAUCUUCAUUAUGAAUCGGCAAAUUUCAAAGAGCUUCACAACGAGCAAGAAUACUAUUAACUGACAAUAUACAGAGCGGGGGCAGCUGUAGUGUCAACUAUUACUAGUUGUUAUCUCUCAUUUUCAAAAUGCGAAGAGCUUUUGAAUGCAGAAUCUCAGCAUAUUAAUAUCGACUUAACCAUAAACUUGCAAUGAUCGGCACGUUCGCUUUAUACAAGAAAAGACUUUAAUAGUAAAACCAUUACAGAGUUCCUUACACAGGAAAGUCAUAUGUAAACGAAACAUGAUGGCAUUUGCUAGUAGAUUUUUCUGCUUGACGUCUGUUUUCCCUUUUUCUUCUUUACUAGCCCCCAAUCUCCGUGUGGGCGUGCAGUCCAUGAUGCAUCUUGCGGGUCUGGGAAAGAUGCGUCCAAACACAGUGGUCAUGGGCUUCAAGAAUAACUGGACAAAUAAGAAAUACCUAAAUGAAGUAGUAGAUUACCUUGGAGUCAUAAAUGACAUCUUCGAACUUGGUUAUGGUUUGGUCAUACUUCGCAUGAACGAGGAAUUCAUCCUGGGGAAAGCUGACGUUGAAAGUUAUGACGAUGACGAGACUCCUACCGACUCUGUAGUAGACGAAGAUGAAUAUUCUAGGCCCACACGACGCUCCACGCCAUCAAAGGACAGCACGAGGGAAGAGAAAAAAAGUCUCACUAGCCUAGACCGAGCGUCUCCGGAACUCUCCAACGAUGAUGCGGUACCGCAGCUCGUUAAAAUUGCAUUAAAGGAGAAGCAGACUGGAACUGUGGACGUGUGGUGGCUCUAUGAUGAUGGUGGGUUAACUGGUAUGAUCCCCUAUCUGCUCACCCUUCAUCGCGCUUGGAAAGCCUGCAAACUUCGGUUCUUCUCGGCUGACAUCCGCUCCAAACACGAGCUGAACCCUCAAGGAUUGCGUAUGGCUAACCUACUGAAAAAAUUCCGCAUAGAUGCCAGCUGCGUGGAGCAGGUAGAAGGAGUCAACAAGAGGCCUUCCAAAGAGAGUAUUGAUGCUUUCAGGCGCCUUCCAGUAAAAGAUGAACUCGGAGACGCACCAAUUGAGGAUCAGAAGGUCCUUAGGACGAUUCGCAUCGGGGAGCUAGUGAGACAAAACUGUACACAGGACACCAGACUUGUUGUCAUCUCCAUCCCAGUCCCCGUCACGGACGUCACCACCCCCUUGAUGUACAUGAGCUGGCUUGAGGUGCUAUCCGCUGACCUGCCGCCGGUGCUGCUAGUGCGCGGCAACCAGACCAAUGUGUUGACAUUUUAUUCAUAGUAGCUUCAUAUUAAGUGUCAGUCAUUAUCCAUUUCGUACGAUCAUAAAUACCGUAUUACGGCGCUCUCACAACUUAGUCAUACUUGCAAAGAAACGCCUUCUCCUCUCUUGACUGCGAUACUUAAGUUUCGUAGGUUUAACUUCAAAACUUAAUCGGUAACUCCACAACUCUAAUAGAAUAAGGGUAUUUUAAUUUCGGGAUUGGUGUCGUCUGCUUUUUGAAGCAUUUUGACUGCAAUUGCGAUGAAUCGCAACAAUUAAUCCUAGAUCGAAAAGCAGACUGGACCAAUAUGGAUGAUGAAUUCCUUCAAAAUACAAAACAUCAACAAUCGGCUUAAAAUGUGCCACGAGGUACUGCAUAUUGUUAUCGGAUUUUUAGUGGGGAUCUUUAUGAUUUUAGUUUUAAACAAAAGGGAGGAUAAGAGUAAUUUCUGGAGGCAGCAAUGAGGGAUGUCAAUUUUUUUGUUGAUACUUGUAAGGUUAAGCUUUUGUAACAUUAUUGAUAUACCACUUCUCAAGUGAUGUUUGUCAUUUCAAGGUUCAGUGAAGAACGCUUUUAUUCUUAAUUGCUAAAAAUCAAUGUUCCUUACUUUGGAAAGAAGCCAGCUCUAUUCACACCAUAAUUACCCCCUUUACCCUUAUACGGCUCCCAUAAAUAACAUUGUAGAUUGUCUUCAAUUUCAUAACAUUGAUCGUCCUAAUCAUCAUUGUCAUCAUUAACAUUAUCGUCAGGUAUCAGGAGAAUCAACCCACCUUUCUCACUUUUCAAAACUUAAAAAUCACUUUUAGCACAUGUCAGUUCAACUUGACCGAAAAUACAUGUUAUAGUUCCAUUUCAUCCUUGGUUUAAAUUUUCUUUUCCUUUGUUUCAAUUAUUCAUAGUCUUUAUCUUUCUCUGUGCUGUAGCUGGUAUAGUUUUGCCUUUCAUUACUGAAAACAGUCAAUUAACUCCCCUUUUAGAGAGAUUUGUAUUUAAUUGAACGUUUAGUAUCCAUAAAUUGUGCUCAACUGAUUAACUGAAUGGCCAUUCAGUGUCUUAGAGCAACUGUUGUAUAGCGUAUCAUCCGACUUUUUUCUGGGCAGGUUGUCUGGGUCUUUCCACUUGGGCACUUGUUCCUUUGCUGGUCUGUAUCCCAAAUGUAAACUUGAUAUGGUAGUACAGUACUUGAUAUGAUUCGCGUCAUUUCCGGCAGUGUGCAAAGAAACUCACUUUUACAGCUUGCCCGUAGGGCACAUACUAGCCCAAAAGUCAUUUCGACUAGCCCGAAAAAAUAUUUUCGAUGAGCAAGGUUGAUUACAGUUCUUCUGUUAUUUGAAUUCCCAAAAGAUACUUCACUUUCCCCUAGGGCAUGUCAAGAACAGAAUUCACUAGCCGGAUAGCAAAAUUCAAUAGCCCUGGGCUAUCGGACACUACUGUCUUUGCAAACGGUAUUUUACUCCUUACUGGCACCACAGGUGGACCAUCCGAACUGUUCGAGGGAUUAUGAUGUCACGCGCGACAUUUGAUCCCAUACUGUAUUUCGUAACGCCCGCACUCGGCCUGAUUUAAGUAAUCGUUAGAAAUGCUUCAUAAAACACAGUAUCUUGCACCUUUUGACUUCCAAAUGUUGAUAUAAUGUAAGAAAAGUGAAUAAAGAUAACUCACCGUA